AAUGAAUUUAAUGUAAUGGACAUGAGUAGACUUCUAAGUCCAAGUCAAUUCAAUUAUUAAUAUACUCCACCUAAGUAUAAGAAUAUGGAGUAUGAAAGAAGAAGGAAUCAUAUCCUCACAAAUAAUAAAAAUGAUGGGUUUUGGGAUAAGUAGUCGCAUUUUGAUCAUGGCCAUAGUGUUGAUGAAAGCAGCAGAAGCAAGCAUGAGCAGAGAGAUGCAGGCAUUGAUGAAAUUUGGGUGGCCUCACAACUCCACAACUCAUCACUGCAAUUGGACUGGCAUUACUUGUGAUGAUGCUGCUCAUGUUGCGGCGAUGAGCCUCCAAGUUUGCUCUUAUACUACUCUUCUUAGUUUAAACCAUUUUGAUGUGUUUGCUUUUCCACAUCUCACUAGAAUUCAUCUCACCUCAUGUUGCCUUAACGGAACCAUCCCACCACAGAUAGGUUACCUCUCCAAUCUAACUCAUCUCGAUAUGUCAGACAAUAGACUCUACGGUGAUCUGCCUCUCUCACUUUCAAAUCUCACUAGCUUACAUGUGCUUGACCUUUCUCAUAACAGAAUUAUCGGUGCCAUUCCGCAUGAGAUAGGAAGCCUAUCCAAACUAACUCAUCUAGAUUUGUCACUCAAUGAUCUUUACAGUAGUCUGCCUCUCUCACAUGCAAAUCUUACUAACUUACAUGUGCUUGACCUUUCUUAUAACAGAAUUUUCGGUGCCAUUCCGCCUGAGAUAGGAAGCUUAUCCAAACUAACUCAUCUCAAUUUGUCAUACAAUGGACUCGGCACUGAUCUGCCUCUCUCACUUGCAAAUCUCACUAACUUACAUGUGCUUGACCUUUCUUAUAACGGAAUUUUCGGUGCCAUUCCGCAUGAUAUAGGAAGCUUAUCCAAACUAACUCAUCUCGAUUUCUCACACAAUGGACUCUACAGUGAUCUGCCUCUCUCACUUGCAAAUCUCACUAACUUACAGCUGCUCGACCUUUCUCAUAAUAGAAUUGUCGGUGCCAUUCCGCCUGAGAUAGGAAGCUUAUCCAAACUAACUCAUCUCGAUUUGUCACACAAUAGACUCAACGGUGAUCUGCCUCUCUCACUUUCAAAUCUCAUUAACUUACAGCUGCUUGACGUUUCUCAAAACAGAAUUUUCGAUGGCAUUCCGUCGGGAAUAGGUUACCUCCAGCAAUUGAUUGUUCUUGAUUUGAGCCACAACAGCAUCAGUGGCUCUCUGCCCUCAACUAUGAGCCAAUUAACAAGAUUGGAAUUGUUGAAAUUGGACGGCAAUAUGUUGGUAGGUGUUUUUGAGGCAGGAAUACAAAUGCUUCCUUCAAUUAAAACAAUAGGCCUCAGUUGGAAUACAAUCGAAGGAAGGAUACCUUUUGAAUUUGGAGAUGCUGCUAAUGCACAGUUCUUGAAUAUCAAUCUGUCUCAUAACCAUCUUUGUGGUAUAGUUCCAGAAUCUCUUUGGCAAUUUGAUGGAAUCGAUCUGUCCUACAAUCGUUUAGAAGGUCGAAUUCCGCUAGUCAUCUGGAUUAAAUUUCCAGAGGAAUCGUUCUUCGGAAAUUCAGAGUUACUUCUUCCAAAUGGAUCCAGGAUUGAGAUGGAGGAAACGAAACAUCCUCGAAUGCGGAUAAGUUAUGCUGUCAUUGGUAAUGUGACAGUAUUUGGAUGUGUGUUUUUGUUUUCAUCAGGUUUUAUUCUAACCUUUUACUUAAGAAGGAAAGCAGCCACACCUCAUGAUGACCAGAGACAUGGAGACAUAUUCAAGAUAUGGAACUUCGAUGGAAACAUCGCCCAUCAACACAUCAUCCAAGCAACAGCAGACUUCGAUUUCGGGUACUGCAUCGGAACUGGAGCUUACGGGAGCGUCUACAGAGCUCAACUGCCAAGUGGAAGAGUCGUUGCUGUCAAAAAGCUUCACAGAUUCGAAGGAGAGAAUCCUAGUUACGACAUGUGUUUCAGGAAUGAGGCAAGGGUGCUCUCUGAGAUACGCCAUCGCCAUAUUGUCAAGCUUUUCGGUUAUUGCCUGCACAAGCGGAGCAUGUUCCUCAUCUACGACUACAUGGAAAGAGGAAGCCUGUAUAGUGUGUUGAAGGACGAGAGCGAAGCCGUGGAGUUAGAUUGGAAGAAGAGGGUGAAUGUGGUGAAGGGAAUUGCAAAUGCACUAUCUUACAUGCAUCACGAUUGCACGCCGCCAAUUCUGCAUAGAGACAUUUCGAGCAGCAACAUCCUCUUGAAUUCACAGUUUGAAGGUUGUUUAUCUGAUUUCGGAACAGCUAGAUUGUUGGAUCCAGACUCAUCCAAUCAGACUCUACUAGUCGGAACUUGCGGCUAUAUCGCCCCAGAACUAGCCUUUACCAUGGUGGUUACAGAGAAAUGCGAUGUGUACAGCUUCGGAGUUCUGGCACUGGAAAUCGUGUGUGGGGACCACCCAGGGGAUUUCGUAUCCUCCGUGACCAUGACGAAGGGAUCAUCCGCACCGUUUGCUCGAAACUUGAUGGUGCAACAACUCCUGGACAAGAGACUAGCAUCUCCAGAUGAAGAUGUAAGAGUGUCCAGGGAGAUCGUUGGAGUGGUGAAAAUAGCUCUCAAAUGCGUAAGUUGUGAUCCGAAAUCGCGGCCGUCUAUGAAGGAGGUGUCUCAGGAACUCGCUGCGAACCCACCACGCUUGUCGAUGCCCUUUCGCUCCUUAUCAGUGUUGCAGCUGAUGCAUUCAGAUUGAGCUCACAACUGCUUUUUUUUAACUAAUAAGCUUAAAGAUAGAUGUUGAAGUACUUGUGAUACAUACUACUAGGUUUGUUAAGGACACUGGCGGAGCUAGGGGUGGGGCAGGGGGGUCACUGGGCCCCCCUGGGAUUUUCAAAAAUACUAGGAUAUUUUCGUAAUUUUAUAUCAAAAAUAAAAAAUAUAUAAUUUUAUCAACAUCAUUAUCUUGUUGAGCUAUUUAAUAAUGUAAUUGAUAUGUAAGCUUUCGAGUUAAGACAUUUAGAAUAAGUAAACAUAUAAUUAAUUUA